CUUUAGGGCUAGGAGACGAAAGCAGCACAGAGGAUUGUGUUUCCCUUUCUAAUGCAAGAUUCAUGCCUGAUCUGUCUCUCCUUACACAAUGGAGUGCAGGCAUGCCAUUCCAGCAAGCCUCUCCAGGCAUUAGGGAAGGAGCAGUGGGCUCUGCUGUAGCCUUUCAGGACAGCUUUAUUUUACCUGCUUGUCCACGGGAGCUGUUGGCUUACUUCAUUAGUAGCAGAGCUCUUGCACCAUAUCAGCUUUCAUCUGGAAACAUAGUUUUCCUUUGAGAAAUUGCUAAUUCUCUUCCAGAUGAGCAGACUGAAAAUGAGUGGUACACCCAGUGUUAAGGGAGAGAUGAAUUGCUGCCCGACAAAGGGCAACCGCUCCCUCUGUGCCACAGAGGUGAUCGCUGACCUUUACAGGUAAGCCAAAGGAAUGGGUUCUGUCCUCCUUGGUCCUUUCAGAGAAAACCAGAGCUGGAGGUAAACAAGGGGCCAGGGUGAAGCAGUGAUAUUGUGUUGACAGUGAUUUGUGCAGUGUGUAAGAGCCAGCCCUGCUCUGAAAAAUGAGACUCUGAAUGAAUAAAUCAUGGGCCCUCUCUUAGUAACUUGACAACUCAGUGCAGCCCUCCUGGUGGUGGGAGCUGGCUGGAGCCCUGCAUGCAGGGAGGGACUCAUUGUCCGAAGGCUUUUAAGGGCAGGAUUCACCUGCCUCUAGCUUAGGAGCUUCUCUGUGGGAAGCCUUGCUGUGUGUAGUGUGGGACCAUGGAGGGAAAUGCGCACCUCCUGCAGGUCAUCUGCAAGAUGCGUUCCCAAAUCAACAAGCUGGAGAGGGAAAACAGGGCCCUGAGGGGAGAGCUGCGGGUCUGUGGGCAGAGAGCUGUGCCACUGGAGAGAGAGGCAGCAGGAGGAGGUGGGAGCAGCAACGUGAGGAGUCUCACCGAUGAUGAUGGGGAAGGACCAGGUGGCUCUCCAGCAUCCCUGCAUGGAAGCGUCGUGGCUGGUCCUGCUCCAGCACCAAAGGAGCAGAGAGGUACUGAAAAGCCAGGGCUGUCCACAGCGCACACAUGUGCUGCCUGUGCAGUAUGUCCCAGCCCAGCCGUUACGUGUCUGCAGGGAAUGGGACACAAUACCACCAUGACCGUGCGGCGCUACUUCACUGCGCCACCAGCACCUGCUCCUGCCAGCACGAGGUCUCACUGGGUCUGCAAGACACCUCCAAGCAGUGGGCUCUCAAGUGUGCCACCUGCCCCUCCUGCUGCAGCACAGCUCUCCAGGGGAGAGGAGAAAGGUCUUGAAAAGACAGCAGCAAACUGUCUCUCCUGCAGUCAUUCCAGCAAAAUGAACCUGUGUCAGGAGCACGUCUAUAAGUGCAGGGGAAAAAUCAAGGCCGUUACUUUCCUUUUACCAAUGGAUAUGUCAUCAUAUGCUAAAAAGCAAGAUUCCCUCAAAAGCCCACAGAAUCAGAGCACAAAACAGUUAACCCCCAUUGCUGAAAAGGAUAUGUAAGCUGGUGAAUUUUUAAAGGCCCAUUGAUUCUCAAGAUAAAUUGGCCUUAAAUAAUAGCUGUGUGUCGGGUUCCUCUCCUGCAAAACGCUUGGCAGGAUGCCUGCAGAGAAUCACCCAGCCUGUGUUUCGGAUCACUGGCCUGAUGUUUAGCAUGGAAAUGGAAGCCACGACAAAGCCGUCUGGAAGCCCAUACACCAUGAUAAAGCCACACGAUAGUAAAGGUACCUCCACAAAGCUGCUUCACAACAUGUAUCGAGGAUCCUUUACCUUAGGACUGCUGUAACUAGUGUGUUGAAGCUGGUUUUCAUGUAUUUGUCACAAAAAGUGGAAAAAAUGUUGCCACAUGUGUUUGCUGAUUCCCUUGCUAGAAAGGUAUUCUGAUGCAAAUGACUAAGAGCUAUUAAAGAGCCUGUGAGGUUUUCUAUCUACAUAAAAUUUCACAGUACUAACGCAGCAAAGAAGACAUUUGAGAGUCAGUUAAUGUUACUCUGAAUUUCUGCAAAGCUUGGCAAUGACUGUUUAUGUCCAUUUUAGGUUUCACCUCUAAGGGAGUGCAGGGGAGAGUAAGUACUGAUCAGUAUAAAAAGACGACUAUAAAUCUGUUUCUGGUGUGUUCAUCCAGACAGACACUAAAGGCUCAUGUUUGAACAUGAAGUCAAAAUGUGGAGAACUGUGAAUGUCAGAAUUUUUCAGGAAUGGAUUCCCUCAGCACAGCUUGGAUCUAAAAUCAUUAGCAGGAAAUCAGUAAAUAGGUGCAAGGUAAAUGUGAGAGAGGACGACAAACAGCUUGUAAAAAAUGAGGAUUUCUUUUUAGUUCUGUUCAUAUGGGUAAAAACGGUGUCCCACAUGUUUAUUUUUAUCACUAGUAUUUAUGGAAUCAAAAUACUGCACGUUGCUGUUUCUUAAUGCACAGACAGCAUGAUGAUUAAAUAUUGUACAGAGGAUGCAUGAACAGUGGAUGUUGGCACCAGUAACUUUAAGGAUGACUUUCACCUCAUUAACUACUUUAACUCAAACUUUCAAAAGUGAAAGCAGAGACCUGGUGGUAAAAAGUCCCUUCUGGAUUUUCCAUGAUGUUGCAUACUUGUAUACAACUCUGUGAUGUUUAUUUCCUUUUGCAAUUCACCAUGUUUUAUAUAUUCAGGUAUAAAUU